UGUCGUCAGCUUACCUGUACCGAAGCAACAUAACCGGAACUACUUUGUUCGACAUCUGCGAACAGAUCGUCCGCGAAAUGGCACCAUUAGGCUUCUCGGUGAAUUACCCUCCUGGUUGCAAAGAACUGUCAGUCUCUUUGAAACUUGAUGAGCUUAGGAAAAGGUUAAACGACUUGAGCAACGGUUUCGACAAGUUGGCUGACUUGGACACCUUUUCUGAGGAUACUCCCCAUGAUACCGAAGGCGCAGUUAACUCCCCACCUCAUGAAUCAUUCAGAGGGCUUGCUUUGUUGCUGAUAUCACCUGAGUAUACACACCAUGCCGAUACGGACAUACAGCUGCGGGUUGGCGUUUGCUUAUGCAAGUUGCUGAAACUAUUUUGCCCCCGAAGUCCCUUCGAGGAGAUGCUUGAGGAAAAAGAGCUUACAAAGAAAACCCUUAUAUUCCUUUUGAAUUGCAUCCAGCGACUUUCUUCGCUAAAAUCCAAAGGGGAUGUUGCCUACCCCAAGCUUCACGCCAUACUUUACUUAUGCUGUCAGAUGGAUCUGUUCUUGUGGUGUUCGUUAGCGGAUGAUGAGGAGAUUCUUUUUAAAUGCAUCCAGACAGCUUUCUCCAUAAUCAAAAAUUUACCAGCUUGGGCAUGGACAGAGCCUUCUUUCGUCAGACAAAUGCUGCUUGAUAUGGUGGUCAACAUCAUAGUCCAUUCCGAGAACCUGUUAUCUCGUGAUAUCGUUACAUAUCUCUUGGAGUUUUUGAUUGAACCCGCUAAGAGUGCACAACCAGAACAGCAUUCUUUCGCACGGGAUAUUAUUUUGCGGUCAUCUAGGCAUUUGGAAUACUUAAUUCAAAUGUUGCUUCAAAGUUCUUUGAUUUCUGGAUCGGAACAGCCACGCGACCCAUCGGCUGGCCUUUGUCAUACCGACUCUCCCUGUGACGCUCUCACUAAUCCUGCCACUUCUAAUGGCACUCCAGAGGAUUCCUCCUCUCAUGGUUUCGGGGAACACGCGUUUCUUAUUAUUUACGCACUACACAAGAUUCAACAUAGUUUAAUCGCCCCUGUACUGCCGACUGUGGAGUUAAGGCUAAAGUCCCCAUCUGCUCGUGAUCGAAAGCGAGCUUUUAGACUGCUUGCACGUUUAUUCUCUGAGCAGAGAAUCUUACUACACGAACAAAAUCCAAGUCUCUGGAAUGCUCUACUCGGUCGUUUUAACGAUAUUGACAAAGAAGUUCGGAAAUUAUGUAUUCUCAUGGUACCUCAAAUGAUUAAACAAAAUCCGGACUUACCCCGACAUGAUCUAAUACAAUGCGUUCGACAGCGUGCUUACGAUUUGGAACAAGAUGUUCGCCUUUUGGUCCUUCGUACCGUUGCAAUCCUCGUCAACGAAUCGCCCAGCGAUAUCGCCGAUGACUUAUUCGAGCUAAUCAAAGAACGAUCACGCGACAAAGAUUUCUCUAUUCGGAAGGAAGCUGCUACUGCGCUCGCUAGCGUUUAUAAACAUUCUAUAAAAGAAGAGCCGCUCCCAUACGACCGAUGUGCUACUGCGCUCAACGCCAUCAUGCACAUGUAUUAUAAUCCUUCACUAGAUGAUAGAAUUAUUGUCGAACGGCUAUUCAAAAGUUCACUGGUUCCCUAUCACUCGAACACGAACGAUCGCGUCCGCGCGUUAUUCACCUUUUACAAUAUCGUGGAUGAAGCAUCUGUGAAAGCAACGCAGGAAUUGUUUAAGGCACAGUUUACAGCCAUCAGUCUUCUACGCGACGUUGUGCAUCUUUUGGCUAUCCACGAGGGGCAAACGAUACCACCGGAUGUUGAAUCUGAACUUAUUGAUAGGUUGCAACACCUGGCGGUUUGCGCCACUUCGGAACUCUAA